UGCGGGCGGAAGUGAGCUCCAGACGCUUUAGCGGAGUCGCCUGCCGAGUAAACAAAUACUGACCCGCCGCUUGUACGUGGUGAUCGAGGGUACAGGCCACCAUGAACCGGCCCCAGGAUGACUAUGACCCGUACGCACUUGAGGAGCCUAGCGACGAGGAGCCAGCUUUGAGCAGUUCUGAAGAUGAAGUGGAUGUGCUUCUACAUGGAACUCCUGACCAAAAACGAAAACUCAUCAGAGAAUGUCUUACUGGAGAAAGUGAAUCAUCUAGUGAAGAUGAAUUUGAAAAAGAAAUGGAAGCCGAAUUAAAUUCCACCAUAAAAACAAUGGAGGACAAGUUAUCCUCUCUGGAAACAGGGUCUUCUUCGGGAACUGGAAAAGUUGGAACAGCUGUGACAAAGUACUACGAUGAUAUAUAUUUUGAUUCUGAUUCUGAGGAUGAAGACAAAACAGCACAGGUGACCAAGAAGAAAAAGAAGAAACGACACAGGAUUCCAACAAAUGAUGAAUUACUAUACGAUCCUGAGAAAGAUAACAGAGAUCAGGCCUGGGUUGAUGCACAGAGAAGAGGCUACCAUGGUUUUGGAAUACAGAGGCCACACCAACAACAACAGCCUGUUCCAAAUAGUGAUGCUGUCUUGAAUUGCCCUGCCUGCAUGACCACACUAUGUCUUGAUUGCCAAAGGUAACGGGUAAAGGGUAACAACACACACACACCCACA